AUGCCGUCCGCCGGACUCAAGACCAUCAUCGCCCUCUCCUUUGUGCUCGCCGUAGGAUUCCUCCUGGUCAUCCUCUCUUGCGCUCUAUGGAAGGUCUACUAUCCUCUCCUCGUCGUGGCGACCUACGUCCUCGCCCCCGUGCCCAACUGGAUCUGCAGCCACUGCGCGAACCCCGACGACUUUGAGAGCUCGAGCUCCGCGGUGCUGGACCUGGGCAAGUUCUGCACCGGGUUCAUGGUCGUUAUGGGAAUGGCUCUCCCCGUCGUUCUCGCCCACGCCGAUCUCAUCAAGGUUGAAGCCAUGAUCAUGUCCAUAACCGGCGGUCUCCUCAUCUACGGAACCAUCAUCUCCUUUGGCAUGUUCUUCCAAGAAGACCAGGAAUUUUAA